ACUCGUCUAAUUGAUGGUCACCUUUUCGCAGGCGAAAACAUCUGCGGCAUGCCCGUCGACUCGCACGAUCCCCUGUACCUGGAAGCCUAUCGCAAGAGUGUCCAGGAUCCAGUGGCCUUUUGGGAGGAGCAAGCUCAACUCCUCGACUGGGACCGACCUUGGCAGCAGGUCCUGGACAACAGCAAUCCUCCUUUCACAAAGUGGUAUGUGGGGGGCUACCUGAAUGCCUGCUACAAUGCAAUCGAUCGGCACAUCCUUGCUGGCAGGGGCUCCAAGGUGGCCCUUAUCCACGACAGCCCUAUGACGGGAACAGUGCGCCGCGUCACCUACCAGGAGCUAUACGACCAGAUCGUCCUUCUAGCUGGUGGUCUAGCCAAAUUGGGCGUCACCAAGGGAGACCGAGUUGUGAUUUACAUGCCUCUCAUCCCAGAGACUAUCAUCGCUAUGCUGGCCAUCGUCCGGCUUGGCGCUAUCCACUCCGUCGUCUUUGGAGGAUUCGCUGCCAGGGAACUCUGUUCGCGAAUCGAGCAUGUGGAGCCCAAGCUGGUUAUCGCCUCAAACGUGGGCGUGGAGCCGGGUAAGGUUGUUCCGUACCUGGACAUCCUGCACUCGGCCAUCAACAUGUCGCGUUGGAAGCCGCCCCAGCGAAAUAUCAUCUUCCACCGGGACAUUUCUCCAGACACCACGAAACUAGAUGAACAAGCCGAUGUCCUCUGGUCAGAUGUCCUGGCCAUGUCCAAGAAUGAGGCACCCAUCGCUUGUGUGUCCAUCGAAGCAAACGAUCCACUCUACAUCCUGUACACCUCUGGUACCACGGACAAGCCGAAGGGCGUCCUACGAACCAUUGGAGGCCACCUAGUAGCCCUCAUGUAUACGCUGCGUACCAUCUACGGAAUAAAUCCCGGCGACACCUGGUGGGCGGCCUCGGACAUGGGCUGGGUGGUAGGCCACUCGUAUAUCUGCUAUGGUCCACUCUGCUUGGGAGCCACCAGCGUCAUGUACGAGGGAAAGCCGGACCGCACCCCGGAUCCUGGGCAGUAUUUCCGGAUAAUCGACCAGUACAAGGUUCGUUCGAUUUUCUCCGUGCCCACCUCAUUCCGGGUAAUCCGUCGCGCCGAUCCGGACAUCAGCUAUGGUCGUCAGUAUUCCACCAAGUCUCUGCGAGCUAUUUUCAUUGCCGGCGAACAUUGUGAUUACGAGACUAAGGCGUGGAUUGAGAAGACCUUCAAGGUUCCGGUACUGAAUCAUUGGUGGCAGACGGAAACUGGAUCUGCGGUGACUGCCACCUGUCUGGGCUACCAGCAGAAUCUUAGUCCACCCACAUAUUCCACGGGCCUGCCCCUCAUGGGCUACGACAUUAAAAUCCUGAAACCGGAUGGUUGUGAGGCCCUGCCGACAGAGCUUGGAAGGAUUGUCCUGAAAUUGCCCCUGCCCCCCGGAAAUAUGGCCACUUUAUACAAGAACGAGGAGCUAUAUCGUAAACUUUACUUUCAGAAAUACCCGGGCUACUACGACACCAUGGAUGCUGGUUACAAGGACGAACGUGGCUAUAUCUUUGUCACGGCUCGCGAUGAUGAUGUUAUCAACGUUGCUGGACAUCGCUUGUCCACCUCCAGUUUGGAAGAUGCCGUUCUCCGACACCCCGACGUAGUUGAUGUGGCUGUGUUUGGAGUACCCGAGGCGACAAAGGGUCAGGUGCCACUGUGCUUGUACAUUCCCGUGGAGAACUGCAAAAAAACGGACGCCAAGCUAUCGGCGGAGAUAAUCAAACUAAUCCGGGAUGUGGUGGGACCCAUUGCCGCCUUCCGACUAAUCACCUCCGUGAACAACCUGCCCCGCACCCGCUCCGGCAAGACGAUGCGCAAGGCGAUGGCGGACUUUGCCCGCAACGAAAAGGUUGUCCUGCCAGCCACCAUCGAUGAUGCCAGUGUCUUCACCGAGAUCCGACGGGCUCUCCAGCAGCUCGGCUACGCGAUGACCGCUCCGGAACCCAUUGUGGCCAAGUUGCUGGACUGAAGAGGUUCUCCAUAUUUGGUUUCUAAUUAGUUUGUACAACGAUCCUCAUGAGUGAAAUAAAGUUUAAAUAAAUGUU